UUCCUCUUAAACGUUCAUUUCCGGGUAACGGCAUCGGCUUCCGGCUUGCAAAAGGCGGAUCCCUCGCUGCUACUUUGCCUCUCAGAACUUCUUUCGAACCUAUUUUUUUUUUCCUGGGCGGGUACCAGUUAAACCACCACAUCCAACUAGAAUUGCUUUCUUUAGUAUUAAAACGACAUUGUAUUCAGUCGCGUCCUACGAACGUUCCCGCCCCGACGACAGGAAGAGAUUUCCAGCUCUAGCUAGCUAACUUUUAACGCCCUAGCAUUUAACUUGACAACUGCCCUGCAGCACAACAGGGAAGAAGCAACACCGGAGCAAACACAGGAAGAUGGGAGAUAAAGAACUGAUGUGGGCAUUGAAGACCGGGGACCUGGACGAGGUCAAAACCAAACUGGUAACGGCUGAGGAUGUAAACCGGACCCUGGAUGGUGGGAGGAAGCCUCUGCACUACGCUGCAGACUUUGGUCAGACAGAUAUGGUGGAAUUUCUCAUUUCGAAGGGAGCAGAUAUCAAUGCUCCUGACAAACACGGGCUCACUCCACUGAUCUCUGCCUGUUUCGAGGGUCACCUCUCCUGUGUCAAGGUCCUGCUAGAAAAGGGAGCUGACAAGGACCGGAAAGGACCGAACGGCAUCAGUGCCUUUGAAGCUGCCGACAAUGAUGCCAUAAAGGCUCUGCUCAAGUGAGACACCACGGUGUGGGAGGUGGCUGGACAGGUGGGUGAACGGAUAGACAGAUGGAUGAAGUGGUCCCCUGACAGAAGACAGACUCACCCCUUUUACCCAUAUCAACCUCUGUCUUCACACUGCUUUUGUCUGUUUGUUGGAGGGACAUUUUGUCCGUCUGGUUAUUUUUCCUUACCUUGCUUUUUUUUUUCCUUUUCCCCAAGUUUUUGGGGAUAGGAUUUUCUCUUUUGGCCUCUGUUUGUAGCCAUUUAACAGAAGGACUUGUCAGUUAUGUCUCCCUUAGGGACCAAUCACUGGGGGAGCACACUCAUACUCGGAUCCUAAAACACUGCAGACUAGAAAUCAAACUCUAUAAUGUAAACGCAAAGCUUGGCACUUAAAUUCACAUUUUUCUUUUGCAGUUGUCUCUUAAAACUGUAAUCAAAUGGUAAAAAGAUCAAUAGCGUGUUAAUAUUUUUUUACAACUUCAGUAUAAGUAUUGUAUGGCCAGGGCUUAAUCUCAUGAACAGGAAUUGCACUGUACUGUACUAGAUAGAUUGAAAAGAAGGUUUGUAAAGUUUCAUUAUAUUAACCUUUCAUUAUGUAUGGCCUCUCCCUCUGCUGUGAUUUCUUUUUUAAUAAAAUAAAAUGUCCCUCCA